AUGGGCACCCAAGAUGAAAGAAGUAUUCAAAAAGCGGCUGAAUACCAGGAAAGUGACGCCCCGCCCAACUACGACGAGGCAUUGCUGAGCUGCCCCACAACACCAUCUCGCUAUGGUUCGCUUCCGUCAACCAUGAGCGUACACGGCCAGUGGACAAAAUGGAAAUCUAUGAAUCUCUGCAGCGGCUCAAAUGCCAAGGACCGUUUGUGUCUGAUUGAGAUGCAAACUGGCUAUAGCGGCAAAGCUCCGCUCGGGAUGAGAACGGGAUUUCUCCUGCGCAAUGGGAUGAGCACCAAGGAUCCACUUCUUGCUGCUGCUGGCGAUGAGUCGCGCGGCCUACAUGCCUUCAAUCCCGACGGCAUUGUCUUCUUGCCGCCGCUUGAUCCGGACCCGAAGUCCGACCGCAUGGAUACAGAACUCCUGCGCGCCGAACCGGGUACAAACAACGAUAUUGCCUUCCACUUUGCCAUCGAGGUAGGCGAGAAGGAGCGUCGGGAGGAGUUUGCAUGGAGGAAAGUCAAGAAAGGCGAGGACCAAGCUAAGAGAAAUGGGUUCAAGUUGGUUCGGCUCUCGUCUAGCCAACAACCAUCCCAGCCAAGCGGCAGCAGCAGUGUCCAAAAUUCGUCUUCGUCCUCGCCUCCAUUAGCAGGGCAGGAUGGUGAGACUGUCGCAUUUCUCGGGUGGGUUAUGGCCUGGCCCAGUCUGACACACGCGUUCACGCUUGAGGUGGUGGACGGUCAGUCGAGCGCGUUGGGAAGGCGCUGGACUCUUAUGGUAAUCGUUACUGCAAUCAGGCUCUAUACACUGCAUGUAAAGGGGAAAACGAGCAAGCUGGUCGUUGACAUGGGAAAGAAGACUUCGGGAAAGUAA